CUGUUUUUCAGUAUUCCUAAGUGUAGUCAACAAGCGAACAACACGAUGCCUGAACCAGCGAAGUCUGCGCCCAAGAAGGGCUCAAAGAAAGCCGUCACAAAGGCUCCCGGCAAGGGAGGAAAGAAGAAGAGGAAGACCAGGAAGGAGAGCUAUGCUAUCUACGUGUACAAGGUGCUGAAGCAGGUCCAUCCUGACACCGGCAUUUCCUCUAAGGCCAUGAGCAUCAUGAACUCCUUCGUGAAUGAUAUCUUCGAGCGCAUUGCAUCUGAGGCCUCUCGUCUGGCCCACUACAACAAGCGCUCUACAAUCACAUCCAGGGAGAUUCAGACUGCAGUGCGCCUUCUGCUUCCUGGUGAGCUCGCCAAGCACGCAGUGUCUGAGGGAACCAAGGCUGUCACUAAGUAUACCAGCUCCAAGUAAACUGCUUCACCUCCUAAAAAUCAACCAAACGGCUCUUUUAAGAGCCACCCACUUUGUCUUAAGAGCAGAUAUUUUCUUUCUUCACUGAAACAUGGGGCCUAAUUUUGAUGUAAUGUAAAUUUAACAAAUAUGUAUGUAGCAGUGAGCAAUCACUGAGUAGGAUUUGAAUUAAAGAUUAUUUGAUACAUAUGGCUUUCUAUGCUUGAAAUGAAAUUUCUAAAAAUGUAACUCAUUGCAACUAUGCACAAGAUGGUAUCAAAUGGCCACAUCAGGGGCUGUUGGGAAUAGAUUUGUGACUGCACUGUAGUUCUACUACCAAGGCUAAAGCAAAGAGGGUUACAAAUAUGACAUGUCAUGUUUGGUUUUCCCACAUGUACAGGAUGAAGCACAAAUGAGCAAAUUUAAAUAUCUGAAUGUAAGUGUAUAGUGAGUAUUUCAGGGGUUGAAUUUUUUUUAUUUUUUUUUUGUUUUGUUUUUUUAAACUGAUUCAGAUGUAACCUGUCACAGGCUAGUAUUAACCAAAACCUCAUGACUGGCAAGAAAAAGUCAUGCAUUCUUCAAAAUUAAAUGCUUGUCACAUACACUAGCCUACUAACAAAGUUUGGGACAUUCAACUUUCAGGUGAAAAUGAUGGAAAAUGUAAAGUUCAUGCUACACUGAUAUAUCAUGCUGUGGUAAAUCUGUCUCAGUUUAUUGAAUCAAUACCCAACAGUGGUGGGUAUACCACAAAAUAAAAUUUCAAU